AUGUCUUUCUGCUCCACCGCAGACGCCAUGAUGCGCCUGUGGGCAGGUACUCGCUUCUCCACUACAGACGCUCGGGUACGCCGUCGGGCCUUCUGUUUCGCUCGCGACUUCAUCACGCACAUGUGCAGCCCUGCACUCCAGCCUGCUGGCUUCACACACGGUCUACUGCGCAAGUUUGCUUCCGCGCGCCAAACGAAGCCUCCCAGACGUGCGAAGAGUGUCAGGAUAGACAGCGUCCGAAGAACAUAUCGUCUCAAGCUGGUCGUCACCUCGCGGACGAAACUCGCAUCCAAGGCCUGA